AAAAAAGAGUCGAUAGUAAUGACAAAAGAAAUUCAAAAUUUAUUUGAAAGUAAUAACCAUUUAAAUCGACAGGAUUUAAUUUUUGUAUCAGCCCACAUGGGUAAAGGAUGGGAAAAUGUAGCUAGAGCUUUAGAAUAUUCUGAAGGUCAGAUUUUUCAAUUUCAUACAGAUUUUAUUAAAAGUGGCAUUAAAGAGGUGAUUUAUCAACUUUUAUUGGAUUGGACCAGAAUAAAGCCAAAUGAAGCAACAAUUGGUAGAAUUGCAAAAUUGUUAUGGGAUAACCACCAGAAAGAAGUAGUUAAGCUUAUGGCCGAUAGUAAAUAAUUAAUUUUAUUUAAAUAUGAAUCUAACAAUGUGUUAUCACUUUAUAUAAUUAAGUUAAUUCUUAUGCAAUAGGAUAUUUUUAUAAUUAAAAAUGAUUUUAUUCA